AUGAGACUUCUGACUGCGCUCAAAACUGCCCCGUUGCUGGCGGCCUGCGUUGUGGCGAAGGCAAACUACCCUGCCAUCCCGGUAGAUACGACCACUCCUGUUCAGCAGCGCCUUGCCAUCUACGGUCCCAAUUCAAUUUCGAUCGGGUGGAACACGUACGAAAAGCUGAACGAGUCCUGUGUCGAGUAUGGAACGUCGAGCGAGAAGCUUGACCGGCGGGCGUGCGCAUUGGUCGAGCCAACCACGUACCCAACAUCUCGGACAUACGAGAAUGUGGUUAUCCUGACCGAUCUGACGGCUGGCACCACAUACUACUACAAGAUUGUGUCGACCAACUCCACCGUAGAUCAUUUUCUGAGCCCUCGCGUUCCCGGCGAUGAGACCCCGUUCAGCAUCAACGCGGUCAUCGAUCUCGGUGUCUACGGCGAGGACGGCUACACGAUCAAAGGCGAUAAGUCCAAGAAGGACACUAUUCCCACCAUCAACCCAGCCCUGAACCACACCACCAUCGGCCGUCUCGCCAGCACCGUAGAUGACUACGAAUUCGUCAUCCACCCUGGCGAUUUCGCCUAUGCAGAUGACUGGUUCCUCUCACUAGACAAUCUACUGGACGGCGAGAACGCUUAUCAGGCCAUUCUUGAGAACUUCUACGAGCAGCUGGCCCCGAUCUCCGGUCGAAAGCCGUACAUGGCCAGUCCCGGCAACCACGAGGCGGCAUGCCAGGAGAUACCCUUCACGACGGGUCUCUGCCCCGACGGGCAGAAGAACUUCACCGAUUUCAUGCACCGGUUUGGCCGAACCAUGCCGUCCAGUUUCACCUCGGUCUCCACCAACGACUCAGCGAAAGUGUUCGCCAACCAAGCGCGCGAACUGGCGCAGCCGCCAUUCUGGUACUCUUUUGAGUACGGCAUGGCGCACAUCGUCAUGAUAAACACCGAAACUGAUUUCGAAGACGCGCCCAGCGGAAAAGGCGGUUCGGCUCAUCUAAACGGCGGGCCUUUCGGCGCAAAGAACCAGCAACUCGAGUUCCUUGAAGCCGACCUGGCGAGUGUCGACCGCGAUGUUACACCGUGGGUCAUCGUCGCCGGCCAUCGGCCGUGGUACACGGCCGGCAGCGCAUGCACACCGUGCCAAGAGGCAUUCGAGGAUCUGCUGUAUACCUACGGCGUCGACCUAGGUGUCUUCGGGCACGUACACAACGCGCAACGCUUCUUGCCGGUCUACAACAGCGUCGCGGACCCUAACGGAAUGCAGGACCCCAAGGCGCCCAUGUAUAUUGUCGCUGGAGGCGCGGGGAAUAUCGAGGGCUUGAGCUCUAUAACCAAGCAGUUGGAUUUCACCGAGUUCGCAAAUGAUGAGGAUUAUACCUAUUCAACAAUCAGGUUUUUGGAUCGGAAUCACCUCCAAGUGGACUUUAUCAACUCGGUCUCUGGGGAGGUGUUGGAUACGAGCACGCUGUAUAAGAGUCAUGAGGCGCGGUUUGUGAGGCAGUGA